UUCUGAAGCCAUUUGAGUCACACACACAACAAUCUGAGAGAAGAGACGUUUGAGACAAAACAAGAUCAUUCAUCAUCGCUGGAGGGGAAGAAGAAUUUUACAGCCAGCCUUAAAAUUAAUCCCAAAUGAGGGAGUCUCCUUCCAACACGAACUGAAAAUUGGCAGGUCACUUGUUCUGCAAAGGAACGGUUUCUGCCUGCACGUUUCGGAGGGCACUAGGACCCUGCGCGGGAGCAGCAGGACGAAGGCAAAGAAGACAAUAAUUUGUUCCAUUGUAAUGAGAACUUCUAGGCUAAGAUGUUCAUGCGUCGCCAUGCAGAGCGGCUACGCUCCCUUCCUCCUCCUCCUCCUCAGCCCCCUGCCCAGCUCUUGCUCCUGCUGCUGCUCAGCCUCUUAAUAGCACCACCAUCCGGAGCUCAAGGAGGGGAUGCAAAGCACAAGCUGGAAUUCUCUAGGCAAUGGAUUCCAAAGAACCUAUCAGCACACUAUGAAAUAAUAGUCCCUUAUCUCCUGAGUAGUGAACAGUGGACACCAUUAAAAAGCUCUUAUUCCAAGACUCACCCAGCAGUGCUGAAACUUCUUAUACAAACUGAAAGUGAGCAACUUGUCAUCAUUCUGGAGAGAAAUGAUGACCUUUUUGCUGGCAACUUCACAGAAACACACUAUUUGGAAGAUGGUACUGGUGCUGUUCUUGCGCGUAAUUACACAGCUCAUUGCUACUACCAUGGUCAUGUGCAAGAUUAUGCUGAGUCUGCAGUAACUUUGAGUACAUGUUCUGGACUCAGGGGACUUAUUUUGUUUGAGGAUAAUGCCUAUAUUUUGGAGCCACUGGAAGGUGCUACGAAUGAACAUAUAAUCUACCAAGCAAGGGACUUAAAACUAGCUCUGGGUUCUUGUGGUCAUCAUCUCAACAUCUCAGGCAUCACUCUGGAGGAUACCACACAAUCUACCCAGAAAUUUGCUAGCAGGCACAAGAGAGAAGCCCUGAAAUCUACCAAGUAUGUGGAACUCAUUAUUGUGGCCGAUAAUCGAGAGUUUCAGAGACAGGGCAAAGAUGUGGAGAAAGUGAAGCUGAGGCUGAUAGAAAUUGCAAACUACGUUGAUAAGUUCUAUAGGCCACUAAAUAUACGAAUAGCCUUGGUUGGAGUGGAAGUCUGGAAUGACAUGGAUAAGUGCACAAUAACCCAGGACCCCUUCACCAGCCUUCAUGAGUUUUUGGACUGGCGAAAGUUGAAACUUCUACCUCGUAAACCCCAUGACAAUGCACAACUAGUGAGUGGAGCUUAUUUCCAAGGUACUACCAUUGGCAUGGCACCUAUAAUGAGCAUGUGUACUGCAGAGCAGUCUGGAGGUAUUGUUAUGGACCAUUCCGACAGCCCUCUGGGAGCAGCAGUAACUCUGGCACAUGAGUUGGGCCAUAAUUUUGGGAUGAACCAUGACACACUGGAAAGGGGCUGCAAAUGCAAAGCAUCUGCUGACAAAGGAGGCUGCAUCAUGAACCCUUCAACAGGCUACCCAUUUCCUAUGAUGUUUAGCAGCUGCAGCAAGAAAGACCUGGAAAGCAGCUUGGAGAAAGGAGUGGGGAUGUGCCUAUUCAACCUGCCUGAAGUUAAGGAAUCUUUCGGUGGUCCCAAGUGUGGGAAUGGCUAUGUAGAAGAAGGAGAGGAGUGUGACUGUGGGGAAACUGAGGAAUGUACAAAUGAAUGCUGUAAUGCUACUACUUGCACUUUAAAACCAGGAGCAGUGUGUGCCCAUGGGCUUUGCUGUGAAGACUGCAAGCUGAAGCCAGCAGGGGUCUUAUGCAGGCACUCCAGUAAUUCCUGUGACCUUCCUGAAUUCUGCACUGGAGGCAGCCCUCUCUGCCCAGCCAAUGUUUACUUACAUGACGGACACCCCUGCUACAGGGUAGAUGGGUAUUGCUAUAAUGGCAUGUGCCAGACACAUGAGCAGCAAUGCAUCACACUCUGGGGACUAGGUGCUAAACCUGCCCCUGGGAUAUGCUUUGAGAGAGUCAAUUCUGCAGGUGAUCCUUAUGGAAACUGUGGGAAGGAUUCCAAAAGUUCUUUUGCCAAGUGUGAACCCAGAGAUGCUAAGUGUGGAAAAAUUCAGUGUCAAGGGGGAGCAAAUCGACCUGUAAUUGGUACCAAUGCUGUCUCCAUAGAAACAAACAUCCCAUUACAAGAAGGAGGCAAAAUUCUAUGCCGUGGAACCCACGUAUACCUGGGGGAUGACAUGCCUGACCCUGGUCUUGUCCUUGCUGGAACAAAAUGUGAAGAUGGAAAAAUCUGUCUUAACCGGCGCUGCCAAAAUACCAGCGUAUUUGGGGUUCAUGAAUGUGCAACAAAAUGUCACGGACGUGGAGUCUGCAACAAUAAAAAAAAUUGCCAUUGUGAGGCCCACUGGGCUCCUCCCUUUUGCGACAAGGCAGGAUUUGGUGGCAGUGUAGACAGCGGGCCAGUUAGACAAUCUGAUAAAAGAAGCUUAAUAAUAGGGCUACUCAUAACCAUCCUGUGCCUUCUGGUUGCUGGUUCACUUAUGUACAUCAAAAGGAAGAUCUUGAUUAGAUUGUUCUUUAUUAAUAAGAAGACUACAAUAGAGAAACUAAGGUCUGUGACUCCAGCAAGGCCUUCCAGUUCAUUUGAACCUAAUCACGUUCCUAUCUCAACCCGCAGUAGUACAAAUCUGGUGAAAAAGUCACGAAAUUUGAAUACACCUAAGAGACAUGAUCCACAAGGAUUGCAACGAUAUCACACAGAUAAUGUUAGCAAUCCUGUGAAGACACAGAAUACACCACGGUUGAGCCCACCAGAGCGUAUUGUCCCACCCCUGUGUGAAUUACCGUGUCUGCAGCCCACUUCCAGAAGGUUGCUGCCUGCCAGCCCCUCACCCAGAUGUGAUCAGGAAUCUUUCAAGCCAAGUCCUCCGCGAAAACCUUUGCCAGCUGAUCCUCAGAAGAACAAAUCUGCUCAGUUUAAGAGUUCCUCCACAGAAGUAUUUGGGCUUCCAAAACCUGUGCCUCAAAUUGCCCCUGUCAGGCCUGCACCUAAACAACCACUUCAUAUGCCUAGAGCCUGCAAUACUGCCUAUAUGAAAUGACAACAUGGAACAUCAUUUGUAUCCUGGAAAGUGAAGACAGAAUUUUGCACUAUUUUCAUCUCCAGUUGGAGAUCAAUAUUUUUAUAUCAAUAGGUAGAAUUUUUAAUGUUCAAAACCCAUUAUUUUAAAGAACUCUGAGCUACUGCCUGUGGUGCUAUGCUGUGUGAAGGUGGUGUGCUUCUUUGCUCAGGUACUUGUAAAUUAUUAAUUUAUAUUUAAUAUUUAUUACAGUGCAGAGCACUGUAGUAGAUAUUGUUUCACCAUAACCAAGUUUUCCUAGGAAGGAAGCCAUUUUUGUGAUGUUUAAACAGUCUUGAACCAUCCAUUACAGAUUUCUCAAUGUUUGGUACAAACUCCUCAAAGUUUGUUUAGUUUGGACCUGUUCCUAUACAGAAUGUUAACCGAAGCUGAAUUGAAACUUUGCUGAAACCAAGAGACAGGUGAAAUUUCAAAAGCUAGGGGCUGAUAUUUUGUCAAUAGAAUCUGGAGGGAAAAUAUUACUUCUAGGGUGUAUUUUCAAGGAAGGUUAAGAAAAUAAGUGCCAAAAUGAAGAAUUACCUAAAUGUCUAGGUUAAACAGGUCUUAGGCAUUGGCUCUAUCAAAUAGAUGUACAUUUUCUGCAUAAAAAUUCAGAUUUUACAAAGUACAUGCUUUUCCAAUACAACCAGACUUUUAUCAUUGUGUGUUGUAACUAAAAAUUCUAAAUGGCCUGAUCCUGUGCACUGCCAAACCCUGGUUAGAGGGAUAGAUCUGCUGACACAGCACUACAGUAGUUACUUGUGCUCUGACCACAAUACUUAACCCCAGCCAACUGGGUGGUUCAACAACAGGC